UUUCCUCUUGUGCAGGCCUGGCUGUGGCAGAGUGCGGAGGUUCCGUUUAUCGGUCUUUUCAUUUCUCAGGCUUCGCGUUUGUUCCGUUUUAGCCGGAUGAUAAAGCGAGUUAGACGCUGUAAAAGCCGGGACAAGUCGGUGAGCUCUGUAGGCGCGUGUGGAGAGGCGGAGGACGGAGCCCGGAGCCGGAGCCCCAGCGCGCUCUGAUGCUACCUGAUACCCUGUGACACCUGUGUGAGGAGACUGCGACCCCCCCCCCCUCCUCCUCCUCCUCCUCCCCUUCCCCGACACAAUGUCUGGGCUACAGACGCCAUGGCCGCCGGGUACUGAGUGUGUGGCUAAGUAUAACUUCCAGGGCACCACAGAGCAUGAUCUGCCCUUCUCUAAAGGAGACGUCCUCAGCAUCAUCGGCGUUACUAAGGAUCCCAACUGGUACAAAGCAAAGAACACGAUGGGGAAGGAGGGAACGAUCCCUGCCAACUACGUGCAGAAACGAGAAGGAGUAAAGUCAGGAGGGAAGCUGAGCCUGAUGCCAUGGUUCCAUGGAAAGAUUACUCGGGACCAGGCAGAACGGUUGCUCUACCCCCCGGAGACGGGGCUCUUCCUGGUGCGCGAGAGCACCAACUACCCCGGCGACUACACGCUGUGUGUGAGCUGCGAGGGCAAAGUGGAGCACUACCGCAUCAUCUACCACAACGGCAAGCUCUCCAUCGACGAGGAGGAGUACUUUGAAAAUCUCAUGCAGCUGGUGGAGCAUUACACCAAAGACGCUGAUGGACUGUGUACUCGACUGAUCAAACCAAAGCUCAUGGAGGGAACAGUAGCAGCGCAGGAUGAGUUUUCCAGGAGUGGCUGGGCUCUCAACAGGAAGGACCUGAAACUCAUUCAGAGCAUCGGCAAAGGAGAGUUUGGAGAUGUAAUGGUGGGAGAUUACAGAGGGACCAAGGUAGCCGUGAAGUGCAUCAAACACGACGCCACAGCGCAGGCUUUCAUCGCCGAGGCUUCAGUCAUGACGCAGCUGAGGCACAAUAACCUGGUGCAGCUGCUGGGAGUGAUCGUGGAGGAGAGAGGGAGCCUCUAUAUUGUCACUGAGUACAUGUCAAAGGGCAGUCUGGUGGACUAUCUGCGCUCUCGAGGCCGUACUGUGCUUGGGGUCGAGUGCUUACUCAAAUUCUCACUUGAUGUGUGUGAGGCGAUGGAGUACCUCGAGGCCAAUAACUUUGUGCACAGGGACCUCGCGGCACGAAACGUUCUGGUAUCCGAGGACAACAUCGCUAAAGUGAGCGACUUCGGUCUGACUAAGGAAGCGUCGUCCACUCAGGACACUGCCAAACUGCCUGUCAAAUGGACGUCACCUGAAGCACUGCGAGAGAAGAGGUUUUCCACCAAGUCAGACGUGUGGAGCUACGGCGUCCUGCUCUGGGAGAUCUACUUUGGCCGUGUGCCUUACCCUAGAAUUCCCCUAAAGGAAGUGGUGCCGCGGGUGGAGAAGGGCUAUAAGAUGGACGCGCCGGACGGCUGCCCCGCUGUGGUGUACGACCUCAUGAAGCAGUGCUGGAUCCUGGACCCGGCGGUGCGGCCGUCGUUCCGCAUGCUGCGCGAGAAGCUGCAGCACAUCAGAGCUAAAGAACUUUACCUGUGAAGUGGAGGAGGGGCGCCACGCCCAAGCGUUUCACCCAGGAGAAGGUGGCGAGGCGGGUAGCGGCGCUGUGGGCUGCUGUCGCUCCAACUUGUCCUUUCAUUCGUCUUUGGGACUUUUAUUGAUUUUCUUGGGGUUUAUUUUUAUUUUUUUUUUUUUUUUUUGGACUGUUAAUCUGGACACACUCGCGCUGUGUUUCUGUGGGGAGCACAAGCUUAUUAGGUGUGUGUGUGUGUGUGUGUGUGUGUGUGUGUGUGUGUGUGUGUGUGUGUGUGUGUGUGUGUGAAAGAGAUGGGAAAGCACGUCGUGUCCCAAUGGUGCCGUGCCAUUUUUUUUAUUACACCAUGCCGAUACCAUUUUGCCCAAAAGUAUUUGCGCCCCCACCCCUCCCCCUAUUUUUUUCUCUCUUUCUCUCUUUUUCUCCAACUCUUUCUCUUUAUCUUUAACAGUUGCAAUGACAUAAACAGGAGAAAGGCUGGCCUUUUCUUUGUUGUAUUGUCAGGUGCAUUCUCUCUCUCUCGCUUUCUCUCUCUCUCUCUCUCUUUCUCUCUCUCUCUCUUCUCUCUCUCAUUUACACCCUCUAUUCCCAGAUUUUUUGUUUCCUUCCUUCCUCUCGUGUCACCCGGCACAAGUUCUAGCUGCAUGCGUCUCCUUCUUGGUGUGUGUGUGUGUGUGUGUGUGUGUGUGUGUGUGUGUGUGUGUGUGUAUGAGAGUGAGUGAGGUAUUCGCUCUGUGCCUGAGUGCCUCCAGAUGGCAGGACUGAUGCCUCUUAUGUCCCCCUUCUCUGGAAUUGUUUUUAUUCCUUUAAUUUUUUCAGGGGUUUUUUGUUUUGUUUUUGUUUUUUUUAACGAUCGUCUUUUUCUUGUUGUUUUUGUUGUUGUUGACUUUGUGUUUAUUUUUCGGUCUCCUCACGUCAAUCAACAUCUGACCUGGGACAAGUGCAGAGAACUGGAACGAUGCACAAAUACACCUCUCUCACACACACACACACACACACACACACACACACACACACACAUCGUUAAAUAAACACACACACACACUCAUACAUGCAUUUCCCAGUAGAGCUCAAACUACGUCGGCCCAAAACAGGACCCACAAAGCAGUUUUACCCAUAAACCCCUGGGGGAAGCGGGGGGGGUGGAUGUAUCUGAAUACGGUAGAACUCUUCAUGCGUGAGCUUGUUUUAUAUUAAAAUGUAUUUAAAGAACUUAAAAUAAGAAGAAAACCUGAAAAAAGGCGAAGACGACUCAACUGACAGACGUGCGGAGGCUGACGGAUGAGAGAGCGAGGGAGUGAUGGAGAGAGAGGUCUGAGGUUAAUCUGUCAGUGCUUUUAAUGUUCAUUGUUUGAUUAUGCUGCCAUGAUUACGAAUAAAUCAUUCCAUCACACA